AUGUUCGCUUGUAUCUUGAUGGUGAGAAUGGCAAGACUGACUGAAGAUGCCGGCGAAACAUCUGAAACAGUACUAAGUCCAUGGUCUGGCACUGAGAAUUAUAAUAAUUACCAUAGCAGAGGACUUAGGACAAUGGGCGUCCAGCUAAUUCACCUUGACAACACGACCAAAUUGCGAAGACGACCAAUCUGUCAUUUUCUGGUGGUCCUUUACGACUCCGAUUGGAAUCCCCAUCAUGAUGUGCAGGCUUUGUCGCGAGCGCAUCGUAUUGGUCAAUCCAAACCUGUAGUAAUCUACCGAUUCGUAACUCGUCACAGUCUUGAGGAACGCAUUUUGAAGGUUGCCCGCCGCAAACUUGCACUUACUCGCCUUGUAGUUAACCAACAGAGCCAGCAAACGACAAAAAUGCGGCUUUCUUUGCGCGAAGCCAAUGAGCUUUUGCGCGCUGGUCUCGAUCUUCUUUUCGAUCCUGCUGAAGAGGCAGUCGAGAUGGCUGGUGGUAUUGGUAGUGCCAAGGAUGAACUGACCGCUGCGCUGCCGAAGCCAAAUGAGCCAUCAGCAUCACGGGAGAAAGCAGGUAUGCGUUUCUUCAAUAACGGAAGGGAUUUCUUCAGAAGUAAAGAUCAAUAUUGA